AUGGUGUUCUCCCAGAUUGGGUUUACAUCGCUUUUACGAUCGCUUGGAUUGGCCCAGGGAUUGCUAAAGCCUGCCCCGGGUGCGCUGGACCCAAAUGCCCCUCAACAAAGUCUCUCGACGCAGGCGACGACGCUUCCUCAAACUUCCCUGAACGCCUUCGCAGCGACACUUCAUGACUCUCCCGCAUCCGUAGAAGUUCUCGACAGCGGCGACUGCUAUGUUCAGAAUUAUACCGGCCCCAGCCUCAUUGACUCUUACUCUCCAUUUGAUCCUGUGAAAGCUACUAUCUAUCGUUACAGGCAGCAACAAUCGGUCAAUCUGGGGUCUUGGUUCGUGCAUGAACAGUGGAUGACACCCUCGACUUUCAAGUGUUCUUCGGGCAAGCAGUUGUCCGAACAUGACAUUGCUUCAGGCUGGGGAUCAACCACAGCGGCUCGGGCCGUUCUGGAGAGACAUUGGGACUCCUUCAUCUCUCAGGAAGACUUCUAUUACUUGGCUAGUAUAGGUAUCAAUACUGUUCGCAUCCCCAUUGGAUACUGGAGUCUUGGGCCGACAUAUUGUCGCGAUACUGCUUUUGCGGAUGUUGCUGAAGUCUAUGCAAACUCGUGGAGCAGGGUAAAGCACGCGAUCAUCAUGGCAGAUCAAGCUGGUCUUGGAGUACUCGUCGAUUUGCACGGCGCACCUGGGAGUCAGAACGGGCAGCCACACUCGGGCAUAUCUGACGGCCAGACCACCCUUUUCGCCGAUCCUUCCAACGUGGAGAAGACUAUGCAAAUCCUUACCUUCUUAGCGGGCGAGCUGAGCGAGGUCACUAACGUGGUCGGCGUGCAAAUCCUGAAUGAACCCAAAAAUGUGGACAGCUUGGAGGACUUCUGUGGGAUACGCAAUGUGUCCUCUGCGGCGGAAGCUCUCCCGCUGUAUAUCCACGAUGGCUUCGACCUGACCCGGUUCAGCCGCUACGUGGGAAAUCGAUCUGACUUCGUCGUUCAGGAUCACCAUUCCUACUUUGUCUACACAUCUGCGGAUGAGAACGAAACUGCGUCUGACCAUGCUACUGACGUACGAUCGACGGUCUUAAACGACUUAGACUAUGCUUCGCGGACAGGGCAUCGGAAUCUUGUCGUGGACGAAUGGUCCUGUGCACUAGCACCUCAAAGCCUGGCCGAAGAGUCGGACAAAGGCGGCGCGCAACAGCGCUUUUGCACGGACCAGUCUAUCGCAUAUUCUUCUGCAGUUGCCGGGUGGGGCUUUUGGGGUGAGAUUCCCAUCGAUCGUCUUUUUCGGGUGUGUCUAAGGAUUGUCUUUGCUCUCCAGCUUACAUGAAAGAAGAUUGCGAUAGUGACCCGGGAUGGUGCUUCAGGGCAGCUGUCGGAAACUAUUUGCCUCCUACCUUUCCUUCUUAUCCUGCCGACUCGCGUCAGCCUACCCUUGACGGAGAGCCUGCACUGCUUGUCGCUUCUCGGCGGCGAUUAUCUACGCACCAAGUCGCUCUCGACUCCACUCAGUCCGGACACAACAAGGGUUACUCUGAUGGCUUUCAGACAGCGCUGGUAUUCGCUUCAUACGGUAUGUCUAGGUUAGGCUUCG